AUAAUCACUUCUCUAACCUCUCACCUUAUAAACCACCAAACUUCUCUAUUUUGUGUCAAUUUAGUCUUGCCCAUCUCUCUCUAUUUUAGACCAAACUCUCUCUCUCUCUCUCUCUCUCUCUUAUCUCUGUAAUCUGUAUUAAUUGUUUUAUUCCAAAUUAAACACCCCCCACUUUCAUUCAUGGCUAACAACGUCCAAGGAGGCCAAGAAGAUGUUCCGGGAAUCAAGCUUUUUGGGACAACAAUAACCUUGCAAAAUAGACAAGUAAAGGAAGAACAAAAAGGUUGUUCUGAUCAAAGACUACUGUUGGAGAGUAAGAGACCAGACAAGAUCAUACCGUGCCCAAGGUGCAAGAGCAUGGAGACCAAAUUUUGUUACUUCAAUAAUUACAACGUUAACCAGCCUAGACAUUUCUGCAAGGGCUGCCAGAGGUACUGGACUGCCGGUGGGGCCCUCCGGAACGUGCCGGUCGGGGCCGGCCGACGUAAAACCAAGCCGGCCUGCCACGGCCUAGGGCUAGCCGGGUUCUCUGAGGGUUGCUUGUAUGAUGCUGCUUCUGGGUUGCACCAAUUUGAUGAUUUGGAUGAUGUGGUGGAGGAGUGGCAUAUGGUCACCACGCAACAAGGCGGUUUCAGCCAAGUUUUCCCCGUCAAGCGGCGGAGGAUUAAUGCCUCAGGUGGUCAAACGUGCACUUAAAUCUUCUAUUAUUGUAUUUUUUUUUUUUUUCUUCUUCUUCUUCUUGUUUUUUUGUUUUAAUAAUCUCAACUUGAUCCAGAUGAUGUAGUUUUUGAUAUAGCCAAAUCAUGUAUGUACAGACUGGUUUAGUUUAAUGAGAUUAAAUAUGUACUUAAAUACAUAUAAA